GUGCAAUCAAUCAAUCGAUCAAAUAUGAUUAAGGCUAUUCCCCUGUACGUAGUUUAUCAAAAAUCUCCCCUCUUUGUCAAACUCCAUCUGCGUGGGACCCAUUCGGCUGAUACUAUUCGUUCUUCCCAACCCAGGUGUCAACAUUGACUAUUCAAAACCCCACUGUUUCAAAAGACUUUUCAACCACUGUGGUUGGGGUGUCAGAUUGGAAUGGAUUCUUCCACCCUUAAUCAUAGUUCGAUGGUUCAAACUUUGUCAUGGACAUAGAGUAGUCUUAAAUAAUUUGUCCAAGUGUCCCUUCCAUCGAGCUACCUACAAUUCAUCGAAGAAAUUAGUUACGAGAAAGAUUAAUCACUGUUGCCGACAAUAGACACCCUACCAAUAUGAAAAAAAAAAAAACACUUUUCAACGCAACAUUGCAACAACGCUAUACAAGCUUCCAGGCUCCUAGCCUUUCCACCCAAAACCAAAAACCUAUAAAUACCACACCAAAGUUUUAAUCCAUAUCCAAUUAUUCAUCCCAACUCUUCUUUUCACUUCUACUUCAAUGGCGUCCAUUUCCUUUCCAUCCUUCUCAGUGCUUUUCAGCACAUUCCUCUUCCUGUUUCUUCAUGCUUCAAUUGUCGCCGAAGGUCAAGUUCCAGUCAACGAGACCUUCAAAGUAGUCAACGAAGGAGAAUUCGGCGAUUACAUCACCGAAUACGACGCCAGCUAUCGCCUCAUCGAAGUCGACAGCCUGUUUGCGUUCCCCUUCAGGCUCUGUUUCUACAACACCACUCCCGGAGAAUUCGUCCUCGGAAUGCGCGCCGGGCUUCCGAGGGACGAGGACCUCAUGCGUUGGGUCUGGGACGCCAACCGGAACCGACCCGUCAAGGAGAACGCCACCCUCUCCUUCGGCCGGGACGGGAACUUGGUGUUGGCGGAAGCCGACGGCACCGUCGCCUGGCAGACCAACACCGCCAACAAGGGCGUCACCGGAAUCAGGAUGAUGCGCAACGGUAACCUCGUGUUGUUCGAUAAAAACGGCAAGUUUGUCUGGCAGAGCUUCGACCAUCCCGUGGACACGUUGUUGUCCGGGAUGUCCGUCAGGACAAAGCUAAUUAGCCGAACUUCUGAUUCCGAUGGCCGUGACGGGAAAUACAGCCUCGUGGUGGAUCCAAAGGGGCUGAAUUUCUACCUGAACAACGCCGGGAAGCUUGUGAGAUACAAUGGGUGGGGAACAGAGCAGGAUAAAACUCUGGUUUCGAUGCUGUUCAAAACAGAGCCAAUUGACCAAGACCCCAAAUCCGCCGGUUGGGAGCUUCUGAUUGAACCAUUCUACAAAUCCACAAGCCCGCCGGCGCCACAAGCUCCCCGAAGGGGACUCCUACAAUCAUUCCCAAUCGGGUCAGGAAAUGCCCUGAUUCUUCGGAAACUGAAUUACAACGCGUCGAUUACGUACCUCCGGCUCAAUUCCGACGGCAAUGUGAAAGCCUACACUUAUUUCAACGACGUCCCGUACUUAAAAUGGUCAGAAACUUUUGCGUACUUCUCGGAUUACUACGUCAGAGAAUGCGGGUUGCCGGAGAAAUGCGGGUCACUGGGAUUAUGCCAAAGGGGAAUGUGCAUUGCGUGUCCCACACCAAAGGGUCUUCUGGGAUGGAGCGAAACUUGUUCGCCGCCGGCGUUGAAGCCGUGCUCGGCCAAAGGUAAUAAGGUGGAUUACUUCAAAAUCGAUGCGGCGGAGCAUUUCUUGAACCAGGAUUCCACCGGAAACGGUGAAGGCCCGACGUCGCUGGAAGCAUGCAGAGAUAAAUGCACAAAAGAUUGCGGGUGCAAAGCGUUUGUGUAUAAGCAAGAUAUCAAGAAGUGCUUGAGGGUGCCGGUGCUCGGAACUUUCAUCAAGGACACUAAUACUUCUACUGCUUAUAUUAAGUAUUCACUCUAGGCUGUGUCUAUCUUUUUCUCUUUUCCUGCAUGAUUUUUCUGUGUGUUUUGAGUUGCAAGUGACGAAUAAUUUAGUGUUAUCCUUUUUAUUAUUUUUUUUCCUUUCUUUUUUUUUUUUCACCUUCUUGUAAUCAAUAAUUAUGGCCAUGCAUGAAGCAUGAUCUGGUAGAGAAAAGGAAUAAAAAUCUGUGUAAUUUUUUAUUUUUAUUUUUUCAGGAUUCAUCCAUCUAUCAUAUCUUUUAAGUUCAACUUUGUGAAGUGACUUGCCGACAUUGAAUAAAAAGACUCUUUACAUCUGUUUCAUUAUCC